AAGUCAUGCUUAAACUGAAAUACUGAUGCAGCACUUCUGACUUAAUGUGAAACAAAAAGAGGAACCAUGAGUCUGGUCUUGUAUAUCACAACUCUUCCUCCUGGAUGUAAACCAGCAGACGUGACAGCCGUUGUUCGGGAUAACUCCACAAUGGAAAAUGAAGAUGUGAACAGCCAAGUGGAAGGUCCUUGUCAUCUGCCUGACUUGGAAACCAUCAAGGGCGCCUUCUACAUUUUGACCUUCAUCCUCAGCGUCACAGGCAACAUUCUUCUCUUAUGUGUUCUUGUUUUCUAUGAGAACCUGAAAAAUGUCACUAAUCUGUUCGUCAUGAACCUGAUCUGCUCUGAUUUGAUCUUCACUGUCACACUUCCAUUCUGGGCUGUCUAUUCUUUGCACCACUGGAUCUUUGGUGACUUGGCCUGCAAAUUUGUGACUGCAGCAUACAUUAUAGGUAUGUACAGUAGUGUCAUUCUGCUGACUGCCAUAACCGUGGAUCGUUUCAUAACAGUGGUUCUCAACUGGCCAAGUAAACCUGUAAGGAGGCAGAGGUGUGCAAUAGGUGCCUGUGUAGGUGCCUGGAUCAUCAGCAUUGCAGCAUCCAUAAGAGAUGCUAUAAUAGCAAAGACUGAACUCUUGGACGAAAUAUACAUAUGUGAGGUUGAAGACUCUCAUUCUUUGACCAACCUGGGAUAUUAUCUCCAAGUGUCACUGCUCUUCUUCCUCCCAUUUGCCAUCAUUGUUUUCUGCUAUUCUGCCAUCAUCAAGACAGUUUUGCAGGCUUCCAACAGAAAAAAGUACAGGACUAUAGUGGUGGUGUUAUGUAUUGUUACAGUCUUCUUCAUCUGCUGGGGUCCUUACAAUGUUUUUCUUUUCGUCAUGGUUUUGUAUGAACCCACAUGUCAUGAGUUUCAGCCCUUCUAUACUGCCUUUACUGUAUGCCAAAUAGUUGCUUUUUCUCAUUGCUGUAUGAACCCUCUGCUGUAUAUGCUCUCACAAAAGACGCGAAGACACCUUUUGCAACUUUUACGCUGCGAGAAUCCCAAGAAGGAGAACAGAGAGAGAGGCACAGGCCAGAGCAUUUCUUAUAAUCACAAUGUAGCUUUUACAGCACAAAACACGGCUAUCAUGUUGGAUCUACCCACCAAAUAGACACACACUUUUGAAAUGCAACAUUUAUUCAACCUGUCAAUGCUUUUAUUCAACAUAGUUUGUAUUUAUUUAAUAGUUCCUUAAAAAUAUAUUUUUCGAUUUUUAUGUAAAUAUAUUUCACUUGUGCCAAGUAAAUGAGGUAUAUGUGUAAAGGACAAUCUGUAGCAUGUCAGUGCGUUUGAUAAUAUGUAAGCAUGCUUUUAAUGUGGAAUUUUCUGAGCCCUUGUGAAUGAGUAUGACUGUGCUAUUACUAUAAUAUUCUUUAAUAAAGUUAAGGUUAAGCUGGGAUCUAGUUUUUUUUUCAGCCAAAUGUUGUGACAUGACAGGAUAUGACAGAAAAUCUGCUGCGCAAGUACUUUUGUCUGACAACGGUCUAAGACAGAGUAAGAUAGCAGUACCAAUGAGUGCAUGCAGGUUCAUGCAAGGUCAUAUCAUUCAAUAAUAUGAUAUGAUGAUUUAUCCCUUUGAAUAUGUUACAAUGUUUUUUAUUCAUGAUUUCUUUUUUACUUUGUGAAAAUGCAUCAAACUUAAAUGGGAAAGCUUGAGAUUUUGGAACAAAAAUACUAGAAUAAACAAACCUUGUAUGCAUGUAUGUUAAUGAGGUGUCUGCCUUGAAUUAGCUUUUAUUGACAAACAUAAAAUAGGAAAGAUGUUGAUGUCUCAGUUAUAAAAAAUAUAUUGUCAUGAAUUUUAUUUGCUGAUCCCAAAUUAAAAAGUGCCACUAAAGCAGACAUUCACUUCCUCAAA